AUGUCUGGCUUCAAGCAGGUGGAGAACCUGGAGGAUGGCAGCGAGCUUGAGGCUGAUGUUUCUAUUCAAAUGAAACGGUCCACGUUGAAGAAGACGGCUGUAGCACUGGCAACUGCGAUGGUCGUUUGUGUUGGCAUUUUCGCCUGGUCAACGAAUGGCUUCAGCCGCAGCUGCAGCAAUGUUGGAGCUUUGCAAGGCAAGUCUUCUUUGGACCUUAGUUCCGCCAUCCGCACCACUAGUGAAAAACUGAUCCAGGCAACCAAGAACAACCAAACUCUGGCUGAUGAGACUGUGCUGAAGGCCAUGGUGAAGGCAGGUCGCAAGGUUCAGGACCAUUGGGAGAAGCACCACAUCCGUAAAUUGGACACUCUUAUGACCAUCAGAAGGGUGAAAGGAUUCCGCCAAAGACAAAAGGCCAAACUUGCUGGAAUGGCAGAAUGCUCCUUCAACAUCUUGGAGGCAUUUGUCUCAGUGGUGGGUAUGGGUGAUGACAUCAAUGCCAUCAUUCGCACUUGCCCUGCACCUCGUGAUGGUGAGUCUGAGUUGGCUUGCCAGGUAAACGGUGCCAUCCUGGGUGCUUGGGUGGGCAACCUUGCUGCCAAGCUGGCCUUGGCAGCUUCAGAUUGUGCCUUGAGCCUCAACGUGGAUGCCUUUUGCUCUGCUGGUGUCGCAGGCUUGGUGUCAGCCAUGGGAGAGAUUGCAGCUGGAGCUUCUUUGGGUGUGGCGUGUUCCGGAACUCCGCCACAACUGACCACCACCAAGGUCAGUGUCCUGGGAGAUCAGACCGUCCGGGACAGCCGACGUUUGCUGAUUGGAGAAGGCGCUGUCGGCAAUGGUGUGCAGUGUGGUGUGGAUGUGGGCAUGGUGGCAGCCAACAUUGCAAACAUGGGUCUUGCCAUCAACAAGGCCGUGAAUGCGGACAAGUGCAAGGCAAGCACUUUCCGCGUCCCGCUCAAGGGCAUCCCAGAAACACUUUGCACCGUUGACAUUGGUGGUGCUGUGGCGUACAUCGGUGAGGACUUUCUGGAUGUCAACGCACUUUGUGCUGGCUCCAUAGCUGCGAUCACCACGGGUGCAGCGGCCAUUGUGCCCUAUGGCGCAGCAGUGCACGCGGCCUGCGCGAACAACCAUUUCUUGAAGACACCCAAGAGUCAAGCACAGCUUUCGAAAUUGUGGUAUUCCCCAGGCUAUGAUCCUGUGUCAGGCUUGCGUCGACGCUUGACGGAGGAGGAGACGGCUGCUAAGCAACCCUUGAAGGAAAGCUUGUCUCAGAUCGCGGCGAACCGUGAGACUUUGGAGGAGCUGAAGAAGGCGACGGAUGUUCCCAAGCCGGGCAGCACAGAGGCAGACAUGGAGACUCUCUUGAACCUCAUGGGCGGAGAGGACAAGGUGGAGAACCUGGAGGAUGGCAGCGAGCUUGAGGCUGAUGUUUCUAUUCAAAUGAAACGGUCCACGUUGAAGAAGACGGCUGUAGCACUGGCAACUGCGAUGGUCGUUUGUGUUGGCAUUUUCGCCUGGUCAACGAAUGGCUUCAGCCGCAGCUGCAGCAAUGUUGGAGCUUUGCAAGGCAAGUCUUCUUUGGACCUUAGUUCCGCCAUCCGCAGCACUAGUGAAAAACUGAUCCAGGCAACCAAGAACAACCAAACUCUGGCUGAUGAGACUGUGCUGAAGGCCAUGGUGAAGGCAGGUCGCAAGGUUCAGGACCAUUGGGAGAAGCACCACAUCCGUAAAUUGGACACUCUUAUGACCAUCAGAAGGGUGAAAGGAUUCCGCCAAAGACAAAAGGCCAAACUUGCUGGAAUGGCAGAAUGCUCCUUCAACAUCUUGGAGGCAUUUGUCUCAGUGGUGGGUAUGGGUGAUGACAUCAAUGCCAUCAUUCGCACUUGCCCUGCACCUCGUGAUGGUGAGUCUGAGUUGGCUUGCCAGGUAAACGGUGCCAUCCUGGGUGCUUGGGUGGGCAACCUUGCUGCCAAGCUGGCCUUGGCAGCUUCAGAUUGUGCCUUGAGCCUCAACGUGGAUGCCAUUUGCUCUGCUGGUGUCGCAGGCUUGGUGUCAGCCAUGGGAGAGAUUGCAGCUGGAGCUUCUUUGGGUGUGGCCUGUUCCGGAACUCCGCCACAACUGACCACCACCAAGGUCAGUGUCCUGGGAGAUCAGACCGUCCGGGACAGCCGACGUUUGCUGAUUGGAGAAGGCGCUGUCGGCAAUGGUGUGCAGUGUGGUGUGGAUGUGGGCAUGGUGGCAGCCAACAUUGCAAACAUGGGUCUUGCCAUCAACAAGGCCGUGAAUGUGCACAAGUGCAAAGCGAGCACCUUCCGCUCACCAUUGAACGUGUUCAAGGGCAUCCCAGAGACACUUUGCACCAUUGACAUUGGUGGUGCUGUGGCGUACAUCGGUGAGGUUGUUACCUUCAUCAAUCUCAUUGUGGUUCACUGUAAGGACUUUCUGGAUGUCAACGCGCUUUGUGCUGGCUCCAUAGCUGCGAUCACCACGGGUGCAGCGGCCAUUGCGCCCUACGGCGCAGCAGUGCACGCGGCCUGCGCGAACAACCAUUUCUUGAAGACACCCAAGAGUCAAGCACAGCUUUCGAAAUUGUGGUAUUCCCCAGGCUAUGAUCCUGUGUCAGGCUUGCGUCGACGCUUGACGGAGGAGGAGACGGCUGCUAAGCAACCCUUGAAGGAAAGCUUGUCUCAGAUCGCGGCGAACCGUGAGACUUUGGAGGAGCUGAAGAAGGCGACGGAUGUUCCCAAGCCGGGCAGCACAGAGGCAGACAUGGAGACUCUCUUGAACCUCAUGGGCGGAGAGGACAAGGCGCGUGCCGCCUGGCCAUUUGAAUGCUAG